GAGUUGGUGCGGCGGGUGAGGAAGGCGGGCCGUACGUGGCUCUGCAUCUGCGCUACGAGAAGGACAUGCUGGCGUUUACCGGGGUGCUCGCACGGGCUAUCCCAGGCGCAGGCACACGAGCUCACAGCUACAAGGCGCAAGCGGACGAGCUCACUGCUACGAGGCGGGCCACGAAGCAGUGGCGAGUGAAAGACAUCAACGCAGCAGAGCAGAGAGCGCAGGGCAGCUGCCCCAUGACGCCCCGUGAGGGGGGGGUGCUGCUCUCAGCGCUGGGCUUCCCCAACCACACGCGACUCUACAUCGCUGCGGGAGAGAUCUACGGUCACUGGAUGAUGGCCUCUCGUCCCCCCCACUGCUCCACACCUCCUUUUCCCCUCCCUCGUCCCUCCCCCUCGUUCCACCCCUCUCCACCCCUUUCCCUCCCUCCCCAACCAUUUCUCUCCUUCCCCACCCUCCAUACUUCGGGAGACCCUAGCAACCCCGGAGAAGCUAGCACCCUAGCAGCACAUCAGAGCGCCAUGGCAGCAGUGGUGUACCUGGAAACUCUAGCAACAGCAGAGGAGUUAGCACCGCUGGGAGCGCAUCAGAACGCCAUGGCGGCAGUGGACUAUCUUGUAUCGGAAACUCUAGCAACAGCAGAGGAGCUGGCACCGCUGGCAGCACACCAGAACGCCAUGGCAGCAGUGGACUACCUCGUGUCCGUGCAGGCUGACGUGUUCCUCGCCACCUACUCGGGCAACAUGGCCCGCGCUGUUGAAGGGCACAGGCGAUUCCUGGGGCACAAGAGGACGAUCUCCCCGGACAAGAAGGGGUUGGUUCAACUGAUAGAUCGGCUGGACAGAGGCGAGCUACAGGAGGGACCUUCGUUUUCUGAGCUCGUGUGCCUGCUGCACAUGCACAGGAGAGGAGGAGGAGGAGGAGGAGGAGGAGGAGGAGGAGGAGGAGGAGGAGGAGGAGGAGGAGGAGGAGGAGGAGGAGGAGGAGGAGGAGGAGGAGGAGGAGGAGGAGGAGGAGGAGGAGGAGGAGGAGGAGGAGGAGGAGGAGGAGGAGGAGGAGGAGGAGGAGGAGGAGAGGAGGAGGAGGAGGAGGAGGAGGAGGAGGAGGAGGAGGAGGAGGAGGAGGAGGAGGAGGAGGAGGAGGAGGAGGAGGAGGAGGAUGAUGAUGAUGAUGAUGAUGAUGAUGAUGAUGAUGAUGAUGAUGAUGAUGCACAUGCCCAGCUGGGAUGGUGGUGA